CCGCGACGUACGGACGUGGAGAGACGCGAGCACGGUUCUCCUUUGGGCGGAAAACGUGAAAAAAGCACAGAAAAUCGCGCGGUAACCGUGCAAACGCAUCGCGUUAACGUUCGCGUUGGAUUUUAACGCGGGAGUCGUAGGUGAAACACGGGUGUUUCGACGUUAUCUGUUAAAUUCCGUUUAGCGUGUGAAAACAGUGCAACGAGAGCAUCGAGUGCAGCAGAAAGAAGAGCAUCGAUUGUCCUUUGUGUGAUCGUCUCGUUUACGAGCUUCUAGCGGGACGCUACCGCGACGUGUCGUUCCGGGAACACCCCGAAACGAUUUCUCGUUUACGAGAGAGUCACCUUUACGUGCCUUCGUUGGGCCGAGUCGGUGUUAUACCUGCGCGUCCCUCUCACAAAGUGCUGGUCCCGAAGGUCUUCGUUGAAGGUCUCCCGUGCCUCGUGCCUGAGGAGACAGACGCGGAAUGAUAUUUCGUCGAAUCGGAGGUGUUGCAGGCUCGUUAGGCGCGACGUGACACGCGAGAGAGAAGCGUCCUAAGAUACGAGAUUAGGUAAGAAGCUUUCUCGGCGUACCGGGGGCCCCAAACACCCGCGGAUUCUAUUAUUUUCCCAGUGAAACAGUUAAACGCGGUAUUUUUCAGUCACCUUCUCGCCUCUGCAAGUGCGAAAACGGAGAAUAUAUUGCGAAUCCUUCCCGGGGGGAUUCGAGGUUGUGACACGGUUGUGCUUCGGUGGAAUAAAGAAAUUCGCGAGCAGAUCGUAGAUCUAUAGGUGAGAUCGAGGUAUACGCUCGACGCUGCGUUGGUGUUCGUUGCCGACGACCGGCAAUUGUGUUUAUCUAUUCCACGUACGAUCGAAAAAGUGCCAAGCAAGAUAAGUUGGGUGCAGCCACGGCGCGCGAGGACGUGAAUUCGUUGGGUGUUCAAUGGGAUCCUCAUCGAGCAAUUCUGGCUGUGUAUGAAGCUGUUCUGGUUCCAAGGGGUUAACGCAUUUGUCAUCACGUGGGCCAUCGAUGAGCCACGCUACUAACAUCGAGCGAGUCAUGUUCUCCAGUCUGUAAAUCGGAAGGAUGUCUGAUGUGUCCACUCGUGGUUAACCGGGAAAAGUAUGUGAUCUUCCUUCAAGGUGCGAUGGAGCCUCGCGGAGCCGGCUUUUACUAUGAGUUGAGGCCUCGUAAUUAAUCGGGACUGGUAUGGAGAAGGAGAACUCCGCAUCGGGCGGAGGUGGCGGAGGUGAAGCGGCGGCCACGGCGACCCCAGGCGCCACCUCCGCCUCCGAGAAACUCCAGGCGGACCAGGCCAAUCCGUUGCUUGAUCCAACUGCGCUCUUCGGUGCGUAUUGGCCUCGAGGCGACAGUGCAGCUUCGUCGCUUUUCGGUGGAAUGCCCGGUGGAUAUGGGUUGGGGGCCCAUCAUUUGCCAUCGGCUUACGCCAUGCUGGGCAGAGGUGGCUCUGCUCCGGGCUUUGGGGGCCACACGCCGGCCUCUGCACCACCACCACCCCCAUACUCUCACAGCAGUCUUGGUACCCUGAGCGUGGCUGCCAGUCAAGCUGCGAGUUUAGGUAUCAAUCCUGCGAGCGCAGCAUGGUGGACGGUGGCCUCGCACCUGGCGGCACAGGACUACCUGGCGAGGUUACAAGGGGCGGCGGGACUCCCCGGAUUUCCGCCUGGUGCUGAGAGUCUUCUGCCACCCUAUCCGGCCUCUCUACUUAAUCCCCCGUCCCUUUCGUCACACAAGUCCAGUAAGUUUCCCUGUCGCAAAACCACAGCUAAGUCAAGCAAGAGUCACAAGACGCCGGCGAACAGCAGCAGCUCGACGACGCCGAGCAUGACGAGCAGCAGUUUGCCAGUGUCGACGCAAGCACCGAUCACGUCCUCCCAUCACAAUACCUCGGCCAGCAGCACUCCAAAUUCCCAAACGAACGUCGUCAGUUCAGCGAAGGAGGGCAGCGAUCCUAGCAGUAUAUUGGGAGGUGUGCGGCUACCUCCUGACACAGAGAUCAUCAAGUACACGUCGAGCAUAGUCGGUCCAAAGGUGCCUGGCACGACGAACCGCGGCAGGAAGAAGACCAUAUCCUUGGACACACCGAGCGUAAGCGUUCAUCCGCCGCCGGUGCCUGCUCUCAGCGCUCAUCAAACAAACACGACAACGACGUCAUUGAUGAUGGAACCGAGAAAGUACAACCGUACAGGGACCGAGUCGAACGACUAUAGAGAGCCGGUAGAUCGUGUGGAAGUGAUCAAAUUGCCAGCACAUUCGACCAACGGUUCCGUUCUGUCAGCACCCACGUCGUACACGACCACCAAUGCGAACAGUUCGAACGAUUCGGACGCGCCGCUGAACCUCUCCCUGAAACCUGCGACGACUAGCAGUAGCUCGCCGAUUUCUGGUAGUCAGCCGCUUAGCCAGCUCAGUAAUUUAAGCCAGUCGUUGCUCGCCUCCGAUCGAACAUCGAGACGAAAGCCGGGUCCGAAGCCGCGAAGGGUGCCCCAGAACUCGGUGCCGGUCCCGGCGUCGCCUAGUCCGUCGUUGGCGCAGCUGUUCGCCGCGGCGGAUUCGCCGCAACGACCGAGCAGCGGAAGCGAGGAGAGCGAGAGCGCCAGUACGACACACCACAAGGACGGUCGACCUAGGAAUCUUGGUCGCGGGGUGUCCAAGCCGAAGAAGAACACCGUGGCCUCGCUGCUGGCCCAGAGCAGAGCUUUGGGCAUCAAGCCUACGCCCACCUUGGAUCCCAGUGUACCAUUGUCUCACCAGGUCUCCUUGCUGAGAUCGAACAUUCUCGCUGCUCAGCUGCACGCCACCGCAACGGACGACAAGAGUCAGCGGUCUUUGCAGGAGAAGAUGAAGAACAAACUGCUGGAGGUGUCCGGCGAGGAGAGCAACAUGGACGUGACCAGCGAGAGCGGUAGCAACACGGACGUCGUGACGGAUACGGACGACGAUAACAUGGACGGAGUGUCUAGCGCGAAGAGAAGAAAGAUCAAGCCCAGCGAGAGGGAUCUUCAGGUUCCGUUGGAGCGGGGCUGGAAACGGGAGACCGUUAUCAAGGGAUUGGGGAAGUCGGGAGUGAUAAAGGGUGACGUGUCUUACUACAGCCCUUGCGGAAAGACCUUCAGGAGCAGUCCAGAUCUGGCUAAGUUCCUGGAACAACAGAAUCCAGCAGAGUUGACGACGGCGAACUUCUCAUUCUCGUCCCGUCCCCUGAUAGGCGAGUUCCUGCAGCCGACGAUGGGUCUGGCGGAGGCGGAAUUCGUCAGGUUGGGCGCCCAGGAGGUGGCUAGAAGGUUGGAGGAGCUCCGAGUCGCGGGUGGUUUCAGGGACGUGCGAGCGAACAAUCAGUACGAGAGGGAGAAGCUUGCGUACGCGAAGAAACUCGCGAAGGAAGAGGCCCAACGUCACAAAGAGCAAGCUAGGCUCAUCAAGGAGCAAGAGAAAUCGGAACGGCAGGAGGCGGUGAGGCGGGAACGAGAGAUCAGAAAUCAGCAGCUACUCGAGGGUCGAAAGCGGCUAGCGUUCACGAUCAAGCAGAAAAUGAAGAUCAUCCAAGAGAUCGAACGCGGUAAGAGCAAGAGCGACGUGGCGCGCGAGCUGGGUCUGGCCAGCAGCACUGUGGCCACCAUCUGGAAGAAUCGAGAGAGCAUCGCCGAGAGCUGGAGGAACCGCGACAUGCUGUCGCACACCGACCAUCCGGAGGAUGCGGUCGCGAAAAAGUCGUGCCUCUCGUCCACUUCGUCCAACCUGGUGUCGGUCACGUCGCUGGCGACCAACACGGUGCUCAGCACCGCCUGCACCACGAAUACGACCACCACCUUGCCGACGGUUGUGGUCGCACCACCGACGGUGCAGGUGGUACCACCGCCACCACCUCCGCCGCCACCCCUGUCGACCACCUGCACGACCGUCGCCUCGACAGCACCGUUGCCGUUGUUGACGCAGUCGCAAUCAACCACGCAGCCUGUCACGCCAAUCUCCAGCACCGCGUCCACAGGCACCACCACCACCAACGCCAGCAUGGACAAUACCCAGCAGGCCCAGACCCAGACGCAAAGUCAGGAGCUUCUGGAGGCUCGGAAAAAACGGCAGGAAGAGGUGGAGAAGAUACGACUGGAGGAGCAACAACGAAAGCAACAGGAACGCGAGCUGAAGCGGCAACAAGCGGUCAUGUUGAAAGAACAGAUGUACAUGCAGGAGCUCACCAAGCAGCGCGAGAUGCUCUACACCGUCGAGCUGGAGAGGGAGAGAAGGAGACAGCAUAUGGCGUUGGUACGCGCGCUUGAAAAUCGUAGAAAGAUGGAGGAACGCGAGAAGAAACGGCUCGAGGCCAGGGCUGAGAGAAUAGCGACGAAGGAGAAACGCGCCGAACAGAGGAAGAUGGAGAUGGAGCUGAUCGAGCAGAUCAGGAAACCCGUAGAGGACAUGGAACUGACAGAUCACAGACCACUGCCAGAGUUGAAACGAAUAUCCGGACUCAAGCUGCCCGGCCAAGCGUUCUCGGACAUCGUCAUGGUAUUCGAGUUCCUGCAUAACUUCGGGGAGACUUUGGGUUUUGACAUGGACUCGCUGCCAAGCCUGAAGAGUCUCCAGCUAGCGCUGCUCAACGACGAAGAAGCCGAGGAGGAGAUGCUGUCCGUGAUGACGCACCUCCUAGUGUGCGCCAUCGAGGAUCCAGGGAUCCCACAGCCGGCGAGACACACCACAGGACUCGGACAGAGUCUAAGACAGGCAGACAUAACUCACGCGAACAUCAGCGAGGUGCUGCGGAUCUAUCUGUACGCGAACGCCACAGGCGAGGUGAAAGCUCUGACAGGCGUCUGCCUCGAACGAGAACGCGACAAGAAGUUCGCCGAUCAUCAUCAGAACGGAGGCGACUAUGCCUCCACUUGUUCGGGGAAGAACGCCCAGUUCUACGAACACCUGCACAACAACGAGACGUGGAAGAUGUCUGAGAGGCUGAGGGACAAGCCUUUCUUGGCCCUGAAUCCGACGCACAAGGCGCAGAUGCUCGCGUUCCUCUGCAACGAGCUGUUGCAGAACAAGGCUGUGAUCAGGCAAAUCGAGGGGAGUUUGGAGACGGUGGCUCAGCUCAGAAAGGAGAGAUUCGUACUGGACACUAAGAUCAGGAAACUCAGGCAGUUGCAUAGUAGAAAGGUUCGAAUGGAAGCUGUUGGCGUGAUCGUGAACAAAACUGGCGAUACCAUCACUAUAGAGAAGAAGGAAGUCGACGACGAGAGCAACACGACGUCGACGGCUGUGGGAACGACACCCACGCCCGAUGAGAUCCACCACGAGGACGAGGUCGAGGACAUGUCCGAGAACGAGAGCGAAGGGACUCAACCUGAGGAGGAGGAAGAUAAGAAUUUAUCAGGCGAGGAACUGGGCAAGAAGCUGGACAAACUGUUGAAGCAAUCGGAGGAGCAGCUGCAAAAGCUGAACAGCUCCUCGAAACAGCUGCGAGCGCACAUAUUCGGUCAGGAUAGGUACUGGAGACGAUACUGGGAGCUGGCAUGCGCGGGUGGUAUCUUCGUGGAGGCCAUGGAGAGCGCCGAGCCGGAGGUCCUGGAGCUGCAGGCCGAGCUGGACGAAAAGUACAAAGACAGGCCAGUGGAGGAGAAGCUCGAGACGAAGCAAGAAGACACCAAAACGAACACCGAGAACCGGGAGAACGAAGCCCCCAACGACGUGAAAGAGGAGAAGAAGUUCAACUCUAGCGAGAAAGAAGAAGACGUGAAGCCACUGGUUGAUAAAGCAAAGUCUGAGGUCGAGGAUGUUAAUUGCAAGAAGGAACACGUGCAGAACUGCGGAACGGAGAACUCGACGAAGAUAAAAGAGGAGAAAAAGCACGACGUCGACGGUAUGACUGACGCGAAGACCAACGUCACGUCCGAGGAAAUCAAGCAGGAGACAGAGGUGGUGACCAUGGACGUGGACAUGAAAGAGGAGACGAAGAAAGAGCACGAAGACACCGACGAGGACAUGAAACCAGCUAGAACGAUGGAGGACAAGAUCGUCGAGACGAUUCCGAACGGUGACAAAUUCAAUCACGUCAACAACAUUCACAACGGCAAAGAAUUAAACGGCACGUUCAUUUCAAAUAACAGCAACGAGUUCAGUUGGUUUUCAAUUCUACCACGCGAGACUUGCGACACUCCGGGACCCAGCACCAAACAGAUUUUCGGAAUAGCUGAACCAACCGAGUUGAGAAUACCGGUUUUCCCUCCUCCAGCCAGCCCGAAUUACGACAGGUGUGACAGUCCAGCGCCGUUGAUUUUGACUCAGGACGAAGCAGUGCAGCUGGAGUACCUGAAGGUCCACGGCCUGCCACCCCCUGGUGAAGCUAAACCAGUACCAAAAGAUCUACGGUACGGUUGGUGGAGAAUAACAGACGUGGACACGUUUCAAGAACUGCUCGAGCAUCUUCAUUCCCGUGGAGUCCGCGAGAAAGAGUUGAAACGCACCACGUGGGCGACAAUGGAGUCGUUCCUGGCAGUCACCGGCCGAAUCAACGUGGACCCGGGCAAUCUCACCGCUACCGAACUCCAAUCCGCUCCUGACGAACCCGACACACCCAUUCCCAAACCAGACAACCCGGAGACUUGGAGCGAACAGGUCGCGCUACGCGUGGACGCGCAACUUCUAGAACAAGUCGAGGCCCUCGAAGACAAAGUCGCCAACGCCAGCAUGCAGGUCAAAGGCUGGAAGCUUCCUCCGCGGGCGGGAACCGAGGAGGCCGAGGAAAUCGAGAAGCUGAACGAGAUGGAGAAGAUUAGCGCUGUCGAACAGGCGCGACAAAGGCUACUGUCUCUGGAAGCCGCCAUCGAAAGGAGAUACUUGAAGCCGCCGUUAGGCGUUUGCACGGGAGAUCCGAAUUUGGCAGCCUUGAAGGCGGAACAAGCAGCAGCUGCAAAUGCCAACUCGAAUAACUCAGAUCCGAGUAACCAGACCCCGGUGCCUCAAGAAGAGACAACACCGAGAGGACUGAACAACUGGCGUGAAGCGACAGCUCGAGCGCAUACAUCCGCUCAGCUCGCUAUGGCACUUUACAUGUUGGAGGCAAGCAUCGCCUGGGACAAGAGCAUCAUGAAGGCUGUGAGUCUAACACCAGCUAGAAACUCGGUCUGCGUCAAGCUACGAAACCGCUGCGUCUCACUCAAAGCUACCAAUCAGUACAAUCAGCUAUUGACUACUUCUCAGGCCUCUAAUUGUCAGUUCUGUCACAGCGGAGAUAACGAAGACAAAUUGCUACUGUGUGAUGGCUGUGACCGCGGCUACCAUACUUAUUGUUUCCGUCCAAAAAUGGAAAACAUUCCUGAUGGUGACUGGUAUUGUCACGAAUGCAUGAACAAAGCAACAGGUGAACGAAAUUGUUUGGUAUGUGGAAAGAGAGUUGGUAAAAACUUAGUGUUAUGUGAACUAUGCCCACGUGCUUAUCAUACCGACUGCCACAAUCCUGUUAUGCCAAAAAUGCCAAGGGGAAAAUGGUAUUGUUCUAAUUGCCACAGUAAACAACCAAAGAAGAGAAAUAGUAGUCGAAGGAGUCAUACCAAAGGGGGAGGCACCAGAGAAAGUGAAAGUUCUGACCAUCCACCAGCUAGUCCAACGCCGUCAACGGCAUCGAACACGCACGUAGAGGACGUCAGUUCGUCGGAACCGGCAACCCCUACCGCCUCGCCACGGAAGGAGGGGAACAAUAGGACGCUGACGAAGAAACAGCAACGAGAGUUGGCUCCUUGUAAGAUGCUACUCGAACAGUUGGAGCAACAGGACGAGGCCUGGCCGUUCCUCUUGCCGGUGAACACCAAACAGUUCCCGACCUACAAGAAAAUCAUUAAAACGCCCAUGGAUCUCAGUACGAUCAAGAAGAAAUUGCAGGACUCCGUGUACAAGUCUCGCGAUGAGUUUUGCGCCGAUGUCAGACAGAUGUUCAUCAACUGCGAGGUAUUCAACGAGGACGACAGUCCCGUGGGGAAGGCCGGACACGGGAUGCGCAGUUUCUUCGAAAUGCGUUGGACCGAGAUUACAGGCGCGCCGCCAUCGCAGCAGCAGCAUCCGCAAACGCAUAGCUGAGGAUCGGUUCGUUCUCGCAACACCUGCAACAGUUUUGCCCACUUCUACUACUAAAGAGGUAGUGUGUCCAUGGAACAAUUACGCCUGGGAGUCGUCGAGGAAUUACCAAGGGGUCCGUUUUCCGUGCACGUCGACCUCGUUCUAGCGGUCGACCGAACGCAAACUUGAUAGAAACUCCAUGAACGCGAGCAAAUGUCUUUGUGCGCGCGCGCCUCCCCCUCAAAACCCUCCCGACGCUCGUUUAUCGCCCGUGAUCGACGCGUGGGCGCUUUUCGCAUUUUAACUUACUUGAAUCUCCAACUCUGAUGCCGUUUCACCGCUUAUUCGACAAACAAACAGCAAUUUUCUCCUCCUUUUAAUGUUUUGAAAGUAAAUUUUGUUGUAGAACUGUAUUCCUUGCAGGCACAACUUCAAGCCGAGCUUUUUUUCCAGUAACUAAUUUAUCUAUUUUAAAACACGUACUUAGAACAAUAUAACUGUUGCAAGAUUCUUUUUAUUCCCUUAAAUGUAUAAAUUUUAACUUGUGUUAAAAAUGGUAUAUCAAAAACUUCCCUCGUUAAAUUUCAGUUCCAUCCAGUGCCGUUUUCUUCAACCUUCCACCAUUUUAUUCGUGUAAAACUGGUGCUGCCGCGCGGUAAGCGUGGCAAAUUCAAACGUUGGCUAUCCCAAGUUGCUUUUCGUUUGCUUCGUUAAGCGGGCGGCAACCUUUUAUUAUUCACGUUGAUAAUUGUUCAGUGUAAAAUUCAACGAGACGAACUUUUACACCACGUUUCGGUAUGCGUCGAGACGUUUACGCCGAACGAAUUUCUAUUUAACUUCGUAGGAAUUGUACGCAAACGGUUAAUUCGAGAAGCUUUAUCGAGAAAACCACGAGACAGAGAUCGAACGCGAUAAAACACGUUUUGCAAUUCGGAGCUUCUCGGGGUGAACUGCGAUUUUCAAGCCCGAGUACGAUGGAAACACGAUAUGCAAGAUGGUCACUGUACUUACAGAAAGUUAACGAGUAAACAUUUUUUGCCUAAGCGAACACGAGAUGUAAUUUGCGAUUGUAUUAUACAGGCUUAGCGACGAUGAGUUGGCAGAAGAAAUAUUUUGCAAAAAUUAAUGAAUGUGAACAAAACAGGAGAAGUAUAUAUAUAUAUAUAUAUAUAUACAUACAAAGGUAUAUAUGUAUAUGAAUAUAAUUGUAUAAAUAUGAAUAUAGUGUAUAUGUAUACUAUAUAGAUAGUUACACGAAAACAUUGCAACACUCAUACCUGGACACCUUUGCCCAUGAAAUUGUCACCACGAUAAAAGGGUAACAUUUGCUGCAAAGUAAGAUACAAUAGAAUGACAACCGGAGUCAAUCUUCCAAUUAAGGACGAAGUUAAUGCCAUUCCACGGAUUUUUCACCUUCAUUUUUCUACGUUUGCUUUGCCCUUUAUUUGCACCAGGAAUCACGAGUGAACGGAUACCUUUCGGUUGACUGGAACGAUUGCAAUAAAUAGAACGGACAGAUGUAAAUCUUCAUAAAAGAAACAGCAGUAUUUUAAAUAUGUUCGAUGCUAUUACAUUUUGCAAUAAAAUUAAAUUCUUCGAGAGACUGAACAAGCAUGUCUUUCUACUGUGAUAAAUGAAGAUAUAAUUUAAAGUGUUAUACAAUAUUUUUGUUUGUAUAAUAAAAGUAAUAGAGUCCUUACAAGGUGUUCAAUGAUGUAAAAGUUUACCAUUACGCUCUGAUCGAGUAAUACACUCCGGUCGAAUGCUCUGAAAAUUAAGACGUACUUGUUCAGACUAACGGAGAUGCAAGAAAUUACCUAUAUCAUUCACAUUUCACAAUAGUUGUUACAUACACACUGCAACGUUGCUUCCGCCGUUGGAGAGCGUGCAUUGUUUACAGUCGUUAUUUUAUUCACUGCCGAUACGAAUUUCCUAAUAAGCAAUACGUGACACUGUUGAACAAAAUUUAAUUACAGUAACGAUCGACGAUUAAUUUAAUCGCCUUUUGUUGGGAGCGAUCAGUUUCGGUAAUCAAUAAAUGCUCAACUUUGAUAUACGAGUACAAGUGCAACCGGAUACGCUGUAGCUUGAAACGAAAUUUGUGAAUACGUGGCUCGUAAAAGGCGAAUUGUUUAACGAUGCAUAAUACUCGAUGCACAAAGAACUGCGAGCAUUCCCCCAAAUUUUUCGUUCUCUCAUGAUUGUAUUCCAACAAAUGUAAUUUCAAUACCAUGUUCGAAAGCAAUACAUAUGAAUUUCGAUUAAUUGUCAACGAUUGUGUACACAUCGACGAUUGCCAAGUGACUUUUAAUAAAUAGUUGCGAGGCCGUUGCACAUUCGAGACCGACAAAUUACAAUACCAUCUUCAAUUAUCGUUGACUAUGCUGUGUUACCAGCUAAACAAAUUAGAUCUGGCAUGAUUCACAGGCUGAGUCAUCGAUCUCGAAUGUGUUAAGGCAAGUUUAACUCUCCGUGACGCUAGUAUUGUCGCUACGAUGUGUAACGCAGGGUUUCCAUAAGCAAAUAUCGUGCACCAGGAGUACGCCAGUCCAGCGGCGUUAAUAUUACUCACACAGAAUUCAACAUACCGCCAGUUUAUUUAUUUCAAAUACUUCGUAGUUUACAUUCCACUGCUUCAUCUUCUUUAGUUCAGUAUCCAUUCUCAUGGAUGUUAUCGUAUAUAAGAAAACUUUUAGCAAUAGUUGUUUUUAAAUUUUAGUUAAAAAGUACACCCCUCCAUUUUGUUUGCGUAACGAUGACCAAAUGGCGCCAAUCGAGUUGGCGUAUCUCCAUCCACACGAAAAUGAUCGCCGUGUGCUCGUGGAAACCUUGCAAAAGUGUUCUCGAAUUUUAUCCGCGUCGAGUUCAGGCGAUAGGACCUCGAUUAUUAAUCGAUCAUUGUUCCACGUAGCGUUGGGAGAUUUUUUAAGCGACGUUCGAUUUUGAACUAGAUCUUAGACGAAACCUGACGUCCCACACAAGGUGACAAACGACGUGGUGGCACACUUUUUAAACGAAACGUUAUAUAUCGCGCGUCCGCGGCGUCGCAAGAAGAUGGCGCGUGGACGUUUGGGCGUCGAUAGUAAUUCCUUGGAUUUCCAAUAAUCAGCGGGGUGUAUCUUUCACGUAUGUAAGUGUGACCAUCGUGAUGCGCGACGAUGAUAAACGAUCGACAAGAAACGUUCACGGUAAUUUCUUGUUUUUUUUAUGUAAUUGAUGUACAUUAUUGCUCGUAAUAGCAGAUAGGUUACGUAAUAACGAGGAUUAUUCAAGGAGGAGGAGGCGGAGAGAAACGGGAGAAGUGGUUCGGUCGUAGUGAUUGUGCUAAACAUUCGUAGUUUGUAAAAGUAUUAGCUAGAUUGUAAAAGAGAAAUGCGGCGUGUGAAAACGACUACGAGAUAAAACGAUAAUUAUAAAUAAUGUGUACGGGGUGCGGCUGAACAUGCGGAACGGAUGCACCGUGUCGCGUCCGGACAUGAUCCAAGAACGAUCGAACACUGUAAGAUCGUAACGAGUAAAACGCGCGUUUUAUCGACCCGUGUUCAACGGUGAAUCAUAUAUUUUCUUUUUCAUUUUAAAACGCAGUAGAAACAUGAUUUGAUUCUUUGUUUGAAUAUUUGCUAAUCGACGAUCGACUUCUUUUAUAUACGUAGACGAUCGUUAGGUGGAGCGACGAAUGACGAGAAGCUGGUGUAAUAAUAAAUGUUCUUGUUUGAUUUUUCGAGAGCGCAGUAUCGGGGCAUUUCGCGAUCUUACCGAACGUUCUUCAGGAUCGUGUACGUCUUAGGGACGAGUAUGUACGCGUGAGGAUAAUGGUGUAACGACACACUUAAUGCACGCCUUGCACCCUCGUAUUAUAGCCGAUGCAUUAGACAUCUCAUACAUUCAAACACACACACAUCCCCCCCCCUUCCCACCCAGCCACCCAACAAGAACAACAAGAACAAAUAAUUUUUUAAGAUUCAAUUAUUAUUUAAAUAGUACAGUUACAUUGUUAGUAUGAAUAACGACGCUUUUUAUACGAAUUUUAGUUUUUAACGUCGAUCUUAUGAUAUAUUAUAUGGUAUAAUGAUAAUGACAAUGGUAAUAAACAAUAACGAUAAAUGAUAUCGAUAAUGGAACAGAUUAAAGAGAAACGGAAAAAAUGCGCAAAUGAGAAAAAGGGCGUACGAGAAAAACGAUAGAACGAGAGAGAGAGAAAGAGAGAGAGAGAGAGUUAGAGUGAGUGCGUGAGACAGAAAGGGUAUCGAAAGAGAGACAGAGAGAGAGAGAGAGAGUGUGUGUUUAAGCUAGAUGAUUGUCUAUAGUAUAAACGAAGGCAUACGUUAGGUAGCCUCGAUGCUAUUUAAACAGACUUAAUUAAUGUAUUGCAAAUGAAUUAAUAAAGUGUAAGCGAAGCGUGUA